AUGUCGCAGCAACGCGAGUGCCUUACCGCUACUGGUGCGAGCAAUCCAUCGCGGCCUCUCUCGGUCGUGUGCCUGCACGGCUUCGGCAUGAGUGCUUCGACGAUGGCUCAUCAGAUGCGAAGAGCCCGCGAAGCUCUCAGCGGCGACGUUCGCUUCACGUUCCUCGACGGCCCGCUCACCGUCGAGGCACGUCCGCUUGCGGGUGUUGUGCCUUCGCCGCCAGAGUCGCCCAGAGCGUGGUGGACUGUCGCUCGCGGUAGCGGCGGGGCGCGAGUCCUCCAGGGCGUGGCCGACUCGCUGCGCGUCAUCUGCGCCGCCGACGCUGCCGAGCGCGCGGCGCACGGCUCUGGCUUCGCGGGCAUCGUCGGCUUCAGCCAGGGCGCCGCUCUGGCUCACCUGGCCUGCUCGCUCCGGCGCGACGAGGGCCCGCUUCCCGACCUGCGGCACGUCGCCCUGGUCUCGGGCUACCCCUUCGGCGGCUACCUGCACGAGGACGGCGUC